AUUCGAAAUUUGCUGAAAUUGUCUGAAAUUUAUGCAAUUUUGAGUAGUUUUACCUUUGAAAAUUGCCUCUUCGAAGCUUCCGGAGCCAUGAACUUUACCUGAAAAUCGUUACGAGAGCAUGUAGAAGACGAAAUUACUGCGGACAAGUAUUUGCGAAAAAUUAGCAACUCACUGUUCUUUUUAGAAAGUCCUUCAAAAAUGGAUUGUCUCGUCGAUAUCGACAAAUUAAUUGAUGAUUUGGAAGAAGAUGAGACUUUGGAGGCUGGAAAUAAUAUUGCUCCUACGAAUCAUAAUAAUCGAGCUCCUCCCGUGAAAAAUGAAUUUAUUCCCGUGUCGAAUGUUUUUUCGAGUCUCAAGGAUUACGUGAAUGCUGGCAAAGACAUCAUUGAGGCACCAAAAGAGGCGGAAAAUGCGAAAAAAAAUCGAAAACAUCACAAAUUCACAAAUCCCAAUUACGAAUAUAACGAUGAUGAUUACACGAGUUCCGAUUCGGAUGACUUGCAAGAGGAAAUGGCACGGAGACGCGCUAAAAAUGAGUCACAUGAUGCUUCAAAUGACUCGACAACGUCAACGUCAUCGCCGUCGGGCACAACCACGACAUCGGGACCCGAGUCUGUGAGUCAAACGAACAGUGCGGAAGUGAAAAUUGCGCCUCAAAACGAGGAAGAUGAAGAAAAAUUGCUGGAAACGGACGAAAAUGUCACAAAAAACACGACAAAUGUGCCGGAAAAUGUCUCGUACGGCACGUGUCCCGUUCCGCAAGACGCCAUGAGUCUCUCGAACACCUUCAGCAACGACGUCAUCAACUUGGAAGGCAUGUCCUCGAUCUCCUCCAUGGUCGAGAUCACGAGCAACUACAAAAAAUUAAAGUCUGAUUGCCGGGACAACGACGCAGACACCAUCAACGACGACCAAAUCGAAAAGGAACUUGCCUCGAUAACUUCGGAUUUUCUCGCGGGCGGGCUGGAUUUCAACGAGGCACGAAAUGUCACGCAAAAGACUGAAACUUCCAAAAAGCCAAUCGGAUUCGAGUCGACAAUGGAUGACGUGUCAGACACAGAGCUCGAAAGUUACUUGCAAGAAUUAGAAGACGAAGCAAAUUUGAACGAAGAACCCAAAAACGAGCCAGAAAUCGGGGAAAACCUCGAAGAAGACACGCCGGAACAAAGUACGGGCGGAACAAAAGACGACGACGGCGAUAAUGUGUCAAAGGCAUCGACGAUAGAAUUCAAUGAAAUGCGAACAAAGGAAGACAUUCCGGAAAUUCACGACGUAAAUGCGGAAGACGAACCUGUAGAAUGUGAAAUUAAAGCGAUAGAAGAUGCAAAACCAGACAUUGAACCGGCGAUGUUUCAAAGCUUGGAUUCGCUGCGAUUUGCGGAUAGUGCGACAACGGAACAAAAAACGACGGAAAUAGGAAGUGAAGUUGUUGAAAUUGAGGAAAAUGAAGAAAAAUUGGAAGAAAUUGAAGAAAAAGAGCCAAAAACGGAUGAAAAAGAAAUGGAACCGACAGAAAUUGAAGAAAAACAAGAAGAAAAUGCGCAGGAAAAUGUUCCAAAAGUAGAAGUUGAAGAAGUUGCUAAGACCGAAAAUGAGCCAGAACCUCAAGAAUCUCAGGAAAAUGCUGCAAAUUUGACGAUGAACGAUGAAAACGCAUCAAAAGCAUCACGUCCCAAUUCUUUAGACAUCCAAAACGUAACGUCGCCCGUCGAAGGCGAACUAGCUGAAAAUUUGAACAAUGAACCUGUCAACCAACCAAAUUCAUCGCCGGGACACACUCCUCCGCCCGUUUCUCGUUCUUUUCCGCCCGAACCUGAUACGGGAAUGACUUCUUCCAGCUCAGAAGAUUUUUCGACGCCCCCGUCGUCGUCAAUGGCAAAUCCCGCCGAUAAUCCAGCGUUGCAAGCGGGCACGAAUCAACUGGGAAAAGUCGCUCCUUAUUGGGUGCCCGACAACAUGACGAACAAUUGCAUGCAGUGCAACACGAAAUUUUCCCUCAUCAAGCGACGUCAUCAUUGUCGUUCGUGUGGCCAGUUGCUCUGUUCGGCGUGUUGUUGCAUGAAAGCCAAACUCGAGUACAUGGAAGACCAAGAAGCGCGAAUUUGCAUUCAGUGCGAUCAUAUUUUGAGUCUUCAGGAGGAUGCGGCGAUCGGAAAUAUGCCCGAAAGUGGUGCUGGAGCAGCGGCUCGUCAACCAAAUCCCAAUAAUCCGAUGGAAUAUUGCUCGGUAAUUCCGCCGCAUCAGCAAGUUUCGUCGUCUUCAGCGCCCCCGAUCUCCGUCAUGGUGCCUGUGGGUGUUUUGAAGCGCGAAGGACAAUCGCGAAGCAAUCGAAAAGACCGAAAUGUGAUAUUUAGCGACGGAAUUCGCCCGGGUUGUGACUUAACGGAGCUCGAUAGCAAUUGGGAUGCCAAAACUGACAAUGGAAGACGCGGCAAAAAUCGCGUUCAAACACCGCCCGGUACAAAUUUGCACGAGAAACAAUUCAAAAUCAACAUAAAAUUACCUCCGACGGAUCUUGACAAUAAAUCGUACAUCCCGAAAAAGGAAAAUGCCCUGCCGCCCAUCUAUUCGCAGACAAAAACCGAAUAUAAAUUUACGGAUGUCGUGAAUGACGUUUCUUUGAUCACGCGUUUGCACACAGAAACCCUUAAAUUUGCCGUUCAACGGAAUUUUUAUGUUUUCGUAAAAAUUGUCAAAUUGACAUGCUGUGUGAAUAAAACGGUGAUAAAUUUCACGACAAAGGGAUUGCAUCACGUGGGUCAAGACGAAAUUGUGAUCUUGUUGGAGCUCGACGAGUCAAAUUUAAUUCCAAAAGAUAUAUUUUUGCAUUUGAAUGAUAUCUACAAUGAAGCCGACAAGGGCAACACAAUUACGGAACUUGGAUUUUCAAUGCCAAAAAUGACGAAUUUCUUGGGAUCAAAGGAACAUGGGGGAUUUUUGUUCAUCAGAACUUCGUUCCAAUGUCUGCAGAAUGUGAUUGUUCCGGAAGCGCCGUACUUGAUUGGGGUUUUGAUUCAUCGAUGGGAGGUUCCAUGGGCAAAAAUCUUCCCCCUUCGCUUGAUGCUGCGAUUGGGAGCCCUUUACCGUUAUUAUCCAACUCCCCACAUUUCUGUUCGACAACGUGAUGCAGUUUAUGCCGAAAUAGCACAAACUAUAAUAAACUUUUUAGCAGAUUUCCGUACAUAUUCCUAUACAAUUCCAACGAUUCGUGGCAUGUACAUUCACAUGGAAGACCGCAAAACGAGCAUUCUCAUUCCGCGCAAUCGUUACGAUCAAGUUAUGAAAGCUAUUAACAACUCGAGCGAUCAUAUCCUCGCAAUUGCGGGCAAUUUUUCCAAAGCUGCGGAUGGUCAUCUGGUUUGCAUUCAAAAUACGGAGGCAAAUACGCCGGAACAACUUCAUUCGUACUCCACGCAAGCGAUCAAUAUUCAAGGUCAACCGAGAAAAAUAACUGGUGCAAGUUUCAUCGUCCUAAAUGGAGCUCUGAAAUCCUCAACUGGCUUAUCGGGCAAGUGCAAUAUCGUCGAAGAUGGAUUAAUGGUUCAAAUAUCACCCACAAAGAUGACAAGUACACGCGAAGCAUUGAAAAAUAUGAAAGAUGUUGAUAUUAUUUGUGGGCCGAUCGAUGCAGAUCCGUCAGUUACUGAAACUGUUACUUUUCAAUGGACUGAUAACGAUUUAAAUUUCAAUAUCGGUGUCGUUAGUCCAAUUGACAAAAAAGAUUUAAGUGGCGUACCUUCGAUCAGAUGUCACAACUCGUUGCUUUAUUCCAAUGCUAAUCAUUCAAUUCGAUGGGCGGAGGUCUUCAUCAUUAAAUCUGAUGAUGAUUCCCCUCAAGUACGUGAUGCUGUCGAUAUUCCCCGUGUCGCCGAACAAAUCGCUCGAAACACUUGUCAAGCGCUCGUUACAUUUUUGAAUCUUCUAGCAGCAAAUGAUCUUGUCAAAAUUGGUUUGCGCGUCUUUUUGGAUCCCGAAAAUGUCUCAUUCGAAGCUGGCAGUCAAUAUGCCAAAUUAGCACCGUUGUACAUGAAUGCCCUCGACAACGAACUCGUGCCAACAUUGCAUCGACAAGCGAGCAACUUGCAUCUCGACACACCCAUCGUGUUGGAAUUAAUUUUCCACAUUUUGGACAAGUGAUGUUCCGAUAAUUCGCGGAGAAAUCGAAAAAAUCGACACUAUUACUACAAUAUUAAUCUAAACAGCUAUUAUUACUAAUUACCUACCUAUUCCCGUUAAAAGUUUAUAAAUUUAGUUUAAAAAAAAUCAUGCUAAUUAGCUACUUGUAGCAGCUCUGUUAAAAAUCUUAUCCCUAAAAUGGAUAUAUUUAGCAAGUCAGGAAAUGAAAGUUUGAGAAAAGUGCCUUUAAUAGAGUUAAAAACUGCUUUUUGGUCAAAAAAAUGUUUUUCGGUUGAAUUAAAAAUGCGUGAAAAGCAUAAUUUGCUUUAAAAAAAGAAUAUAAUUUGUACAGAACAAAAGUGUGUGUAUGAUUGUACCUUAAAAGUAGUAAUUAUAAAGAGUUUUAUUGAAUUGCAUCAACUGCAUUGUAUUUUGUGUAAUCAG